CGAACAAUCGGAGUCUUGCUUCUGGCGGUUAAAACACCAGUUUCUAUACCGUGUGUUUGUGGACUAUCUAACCUCCAACUGGCAGUACGGACAGAUCGUUGGGUACUCACUUCUUGGUACUCGGUAUUCACUGUGAAGCCGCGGUCGCGAAUGGACGUGGUAGUUGACCGUAGGCAGGACACUUAACUUUUACCUUCGAUACCAUUGAACGACAGUGAAUCAGUUGCAAAAUCUGAGUGGAAUAGUGAAAGAGUUAAGGUUAGGCCUGAGCAAACUAAGUGAAAUGUACAAAAUAUGGACCUCAUUAGUAGUGGUGAUUUACCUCGGAUCUAACGUAACUCCUUUGGAAAAUGGAUUGGCAAGAACGCCUCCCAUGGGUUGGUUGGCCUGGGAGAGAUUCAGAUGUAACACAGACUGCAAAAACGAUCCUGACAACUGUAUAAGUGAAAACUUAUUCCGGACUAUGGCUGAUAUCCUUGUGAAUGAAGGAUAUGCCAGUGCAGGAUAUGAAUACAUCAAUGUGGACGAUUGUUGGUUGGAGAAAGAGAGAAAUGCAUAUGGUGAACUGGUAGCUGACAGGGUGAGGUUUCCAAGAGGAAUGAAAGCGUUGUCCGCUUAUGUUCACUCCAAGGGUCUCAAAUUCGGAAUCUACGAAGAUUACGGCAACUACACUUGUGCCGGAUAUCCGGGAGUUUUAGGCUUUUUGGAAAGCGAUGCAUCAACUUUCGCUUCUUGGGACGUCGACUACGUCAAACUCGAUGGAUGCUACGCACAUCCCAGGGACAUGGAUAGGGGUUACCCUGAAUUCGGUUACCAACUAAACAGGACCGGACGUCCGAUGAUCUAUUCGUGCAGUUGGCCAGUUUACCAGAUUUACGCGGGAAUGCAACCAAAUUUUACAUCCAUCAUUCAGCACUGUAACAUGUGGAGAAACUUUGACGAUAUUCAAGAUUCUUGGGCUAGUGUGGAGAGCAUCAUUGAUUACUACGGAAACAAUCAGGAUGUUAUUGUGCCUAACGCCGGUCCUGGACACUGGAACGACCCGGAUAUGCUGGCCACCUCAAAAAGGACUGUUAGCACCGUCAGAAAAUUCAUCAAGGAAGCCAACCCCAACGAGGAGUACAGAGAGGUUACAACAGAGGUGAAUCUCAUCGUGGCCGAGGUACAGGUCGAAGACAAUCGAGAG